AUGACCAGGGGUGCUUGGAUGUGUCGGCAGUAUGACGACGGAUUAAAAAUCUGGUUGGCAGCACCCCGGGAGAACGAGAAGCCGUUCGUCGAUUCGGAGAGGGCUCAGAAAUGGCGACUGUCUCUGGCCUCUCUCUUGUUUUUCACAGUCCUGCUCUCUGAUCACUUGUGGUUCUGCGCCGAGGCCAAGCUGACCCGCGCCCGGGAUAAGGAGCAGCAGCAGCAGCAGCAGCGGCAGCAGCGGCAGCGGCAGGAGCAGCGGCAGCGGCAGCGGCAGCACGAGCCGUCCUGGCCCGCGCUCCUGGCGAGCAUGGGGGAGCCCUCGCCCGCCGCCCAGGGCGCCUCCUCGGGCCAGUGCUUCACGGUGGAGAGCGCGGACGCCGUGUGCGCCAGAAACUGGAGUCGGGGGGCGGCGGCCCGCGGGGAGCAGCGGCAGCAGACCCGGGGCCCGCCGCAGCCAGCUCCGCUCUGGAACUUGUCGGAUUUUUACCUUUCGUUUUGUAAUUCCUACACACUUUGGGAGUUGUUCUCCGGGUUGUCCAGUCCCAACACUUUGAACUGUAGUCUGGAUGUGGUGCUCAAGGAGGGUGGUGAGAUGACCACUUGCAGACAGUGCGUCGAGGCUUACCAAGACUACGACCACCACGCUCAGGAGAAAUACGAAGAGUUUGAAAGCGUGCUGCAUAAAUACUUACAAUCAGAGGAGUACUCGGUGAAAUCGUGUCCUGAGGACUGUAAGGUAGGAACCCGUGGAUUUUUCCCCCCUUCUUCGCGCUGUUAUCUCUACCUUCCUGUCCUUCACUAUUUCCCAGAGUUUGUGGUUGGAUAUCCUUGCUGUCUAAGGGACUCUGAUUACAGGCUU